CAGACAAAAAGUCUGGCAUUAUUGAACUAAUACUUGUUGUGUUAAAAUUUGUGUCUGGUGGAAAUGGACCUUAAGAUUUACGAACAAGCGAACAAUUUGUGCCGGACAUAAAUUAUAGAUGUUAAAAGCUCAAUGCAUCAUUUAGUGCUAUAGGAAUCCGUUGGGACAUAUAAUAUUGUUAAAGUUAAAUAUUAGGAAUAUCUGUCCAAAAAUGGUUCAAUUCCUUUCAGUAUUUACAAUGUUAUAAUAAAUUGUAAUUUCAUCAAUCGAUGCUGCUUGAGCGUAACAAGACGCCGCCAUCUUUUACUUUUAGCAGAGAAACCUGAUGGAUCUAGUUUCAAUCUGAUUAAAUUGAAGCAGGGAGAUUAUCUAGCUUUGGUUCCAAAGAAACAUAAGUGGAUAAAACUCUGAGACCAACAUCAUGUCUGGAACUGGUAGAAUUCAGGUGAAAUGGGAUCCAAAAAACCUGGAAAUACGAACAAAGUCUGUUGAAAAAACGCUGGAACCACUUGUAACACAGGUAACAACACUAGUAAAUCAGAAUGGUCCUUCGAGAAAGAAGAAAGGACGAUCUAAGAAAGCACAUGUAUUAAGUGCUGCUGUUCAGAAAGCCACCGAACAUUUUAUUAUUAAAGGGGAAGAAAUAGCUGAAGAAUUUCCAGAAGUACAAACUGAUAUGUUAGAUGCUAUAGAUGAAGUUAGACGAUCAGGAGAAGAUAUGCAUGAGGCGUCACAAGAUUUUGCUACAGAUCCCUGUUCAUCUGUAAAACGUGGUGCAAUGGUUCGUGCUGCUAGAGCUUUGUUGUCUGCCGUUACACGAUUAUUGAUCUUAGCAGAUAUGGUAGAUGUUCAUUUAAUCAUGCAAUCUCUGAGUAAUGUUGGGGAUAAUUUAGAUAAUAUCCGUAAUGCUCAGAGUCAGGAAGAACUAAUGGCCAGAUUUAAAGAUUUCCACAAAAGUUUGAAUGAAUUAUCUGAUAGAGCAGCUAAAAGACAAGCUGACCUGAAAGAUCCACGUCGUCGAGAUGAUUUGGCAGCAGCUAGAGCUGUAUUAAAGAAGAACAGUAUGAUGUUACUGACAACAUCAAAGGCCUAUGUUCGUCACCCUGAAUUGGCAGCAGCAAGAAAUAAUCGAGAUUACGCGUAUAAACAAGUAUGCGAUGCAGUAGAGAAGAUAUCUAAUAUAACCCAAGCUACAGGACAUUCUGAAGCUCAUCCAUUUGAAGGACCAGGAGAAUUAGCUGCUGCCCUAGAUGAACUUGAUCAAAAGAUAAUAAUGGAUCCAUUGAACUAUAAUGAGGUCAGAAGUCGAACAGCUUUAGAAGAAAGAUUAGAAAGUAUCAUCAGUGGUGCUGCCCUCAUGGCCGAUUCUUCUUGUACAAGAGAUGAAAGACGUGGCCGUAUUGUACAGGAAUGUAAUGCCGUACGACAAGCUUUACAAGAUCUGCUCACAGAAUACAUGAACAAUUGUAAGAAACCAGCAAUAAAGAAAAAGGCUGGUAAGAAAGAACCAUCAGAGUCAUUAGAUAGAGCUAUAGAUAAUAUGUGUAAAAAGACCAGAGAUUUACGUAGACAGUUAAGGAAAGCUGUCGUUGAUCAUGUUUCUGAUACGUUUUUAGAAACUAAUGUACCAUUGUUAGUUCUAAUUGAAGCAGCUAAAGCUGGAGACGAGAAAGGAGUGGAGGAAUAUGCUCAGGUUUUUGCUGAACAUGCUAAUAAACUAGUUGAGGUAGCAAAUCUAGCAUGUUCAAUGUCAAAUAAUGAUGAAGGUGUUAAAAUGGUCAGAAUGGCUGCUGCUGAAAUUGAUUCACUUUGUCCACAGGUGAUAAACGCUGCUCGAGUUUUAGCAGCUAGACCAAGAUCUAAACCAGCUCAAGAAAAUAUGGAAAUAUUCAAAGAAACAUGGGAAAAACAAGUUCGUCUGUUGACAGAAGCUGUUGAUGAUAUCACAACUAUACAUGACUUCCUUGCUGUCUCAGAAAACCACAUAUUAGAAGAUGUAAAUAGAUGUGUUAUUGCAUUACAAGAAGGUGAUCCAGAUACAUUAGAUCGUACAGCCGGUGCUAUACGUGGUCGAUCAUCUCGGGUUGAUAAUGUUGUCUCGGCAGAGAUGGAUAACUAUGAACCCGGUUUGUAUACAGAACGUGUAAUGGAGGCUGUUACAGUUUUACGAGAGCAAAUUAUGCCUAAUUUUGCGGAGAAAGUAGAACAUGCUGUCGAUUCAUUAAGUGCUAAUAAACAAGGUGAUGUAGAUGAGAAUGAGUUUAUAGAAGCUAGUCGACUUGUAUAUGAUGGUGUUAGAGAUAUACGACAAGCUGUACUCAUGAACAGGAGUGCAGAAGAAUAUGAUUCUGAUAGUGAAAUAGAAUAUGAAGAAGAUUAUGAAGGAUAUUCAAGCGUUGCCGAUUUUGAUAAUGAGAAAAGUGAUCGAGCUUUCAUGAGACAACUGCCUGAGGAAGAAAAGAUGAAGAUUCAAGAACAAGUAGAAGAAUUCCGACAAGAGAAAUUGAAAUUAGAUUUUGAGGUAGCGAAAUGGGAUGAUAGUGGAAAUGAUAUUAUUGUCCUGGCUAAACAAAUGUGUAUGAUAAUGAUGGAGAUGACAGAUUUUACAAGAGGAAGAGGUCCAUUGAAGAGCACCAUGGAUGUUAUUAAUGCUGCUAAAAAGAUUUCAGAAGCUGGUUCAAAAUUAGAUAAAUUAGCACAAGAAGUAUCUAGUAAGUGUCCAGAUUCUCAAUCCAAGAAAGAUUUAGAUUCAUACAUGCAGAGAAUAGCUCUAUAUUGUCAUCAGUUAAAUAUUACUAGUAAAGUUAAAGCUGAUGUACAGAGUGCUAGUGGAGAACUUAUUGUAUCUGGGCUGGACAGUGCUACAUCUUUAAUUCAUGCUGCUAAGAAUUUAAUGAAUGCUGUAGUUUAUACCGUCAAGGCUUGUUAUGUUGCAUCCACAAAGUAUCCCAAACAUGGAGCUAAACAUAAACCUGUUGUACAAUGGAAGAUGAAAGCCCCAGCCAAGAAACCUCUGGUUAGACGUGAAGAUCCUAACGAACUCACAGCUAAAGUUAGAAAAGGAGCUCCUAAAGAAAGAAUAGAACCAGUGAAAGCUUUAAGUGAAUUCCAAGAAAUUAAUAUUGAUAGUUUCUGUUAAAUUAAUCUACAACCAUUUUUUUUUUUUUCUAGAUCUGAGAAUUUAAUAUAGAUUCAUACACAUUAAUCUCUGAUCACAAGAAAAUCAAAAGAUUCUUUUAAUUAAAGUCUCUGUUUGUCAUUUCAAUUUUUCGCAAAAUAUAAAAAAAUUCCAUGGCUUUAUCAGCACUGGAAAAUACUUAAAUUGAUUAAUAAACUUACAGCUUGGAUUCAAUCAAGUUAUGAAGAAACCCAUCGAAAGAUUUUAGCAAAGAUUAUAGGUGGUGCUGUUAGUUGACCAAAUCCCAUUUAUAUCAUCUGCAGGGGAUGCGGAUGUUGACAAAUUUUUCCUACCUUUUUAAGUACUGAAUUGAGCCAUUUUUGGAUUGGUAUUCUAGUUUAUGUCAUCUGCAAAAGGUUGCUGAUGUUGAUGCAUUUUUAAUUCAUCAUAUCUUUGUAAAUACGGAAUUACAGCAUUUUUGGAUCGGUGUUCUAGUUUGCUAACAAUUCCUCAAAUCCAAAUGACAUUCAGAGACUUUGAUUUGACUUCUUAAUUUGUUCAUAUUAAUUGCAUAACUAUAUAAAAUUUCAAUGUGACAUCUGGCUUUGUUAUAUAAGCCUGGAAAUAAUAAUUUUUGCUUAUAUUUGACAAAAUGUCAGGAACUAUUGGUGUUGUACCUGUUUAUAUUUAAUUUGUGCUGGCCAUGGAUUAAACAGAUUAAUAAAAACGACAGAUACCAGAGGAUUUAUACCUGAAAAAAUUGUAACAGGUGGAUUUGAGUUAGCGCUGAUCAGUUAAGAUCAUACUUUUGCGUAAAGGGAACAAAUCUAUAUUUAAUCCAUAUUUUUUUCAUCCUUUUGUCUCGCGAGUGCUUCACAUUUAUUUCAUUUAGUGCAAAACUAUUUUAUUGUAAAUAUUUUAUCUUUGAAAAGAAAUAAGGCCUGGUUAAUCAAAUAAAUAUUUUAGACGAGAUUAUUUAGUCUGAAGAAUAUGGUAUAAUAUGAACUGUAGAGCAUGACAUUAUAGUUCACCAGACUGAAAUGUGUGAAGAAAUCAAAGAGAAUUGGAGUGGUCCCAUUGAGUGCUCAUUUCACUAUUCAAAUAGACUAGUUCGUUAUUCAAUAAAUCAUAAUUCAUUAUUCAAAUAGAAUUUGAAUAUUCGAUUACAUUCAUGUUAUCAAUUUUUGGAUACAUUUUGGUGCAUUUUCCGAUUUCUAGAAAUUGUGAAUCUUCAAAUUUACAUGUUUUCCAUAUCUCGAUAUUUAUGUUGGAAUAUUAGUUGAUUUCAUUGACUUGAUAUAUUAAAUGUUUCCUAAUGGAAGCCAUUUUUGUUAUUAAAUUCCAUUACUGGUAGUUUAAACAACCAACAAAUGCGUUUGAAUAACCAUGAAAAAUUAUUUGAAUAUUUAUGAGAGCACUAGAGAAUUGACAAACUAUAAAAGGUUGAUUUGCGGGAAUACAAUAAUUUCAUGUUUUACGGUAGUAGAUAAGAGUAGAUGUAUGUAUGUAAUAUGUAUAUAUUGUACAUAAUAGGAGCAAUUUAAUAUAAUUAAAAACACUCAUAUAUUUUCAUUGAUCAUGAACAUUCAUAAUGAUUAUUUAUAUAAAUAUAGAUUUAUUGCGAGCCUAGAUACAGAAAUGAGUAAUGGUAAGGUAUAACUUACAGUAGAAAAAAUCAAACACAACCUGAUUUAUUAUAGAAAACAAUCACUGGUUUGUACACAUAUAGCACCAUGUAUCAACUAGUGUUCUCUUAUCACAGUCGUUCUGUCUUUUCAAACUUCAAAAUACAGUAUGUCCAUCAUUUAGUGUCUAUUAACAUAUGUAUAAUAAGUACAAAACGUAAAUAUUGUGAAUCUAUUAUGGUAAAACUUAUUUAUUGUGCAGAUGAACAGAUUGUCAUUUCAAACCUCAAAGUACAGUGUGUCCAUCAUUUAGUAAGGUUUCUAUUAACAUGUAUAAAUAAUAUAUUCUGUCAAUUUUAAAUAAAUGAAACUCGUGGUAUCUGUACUGCCUCAAGUAAUUUAAAAUACAGAAUUGUGUUAAUAAAAACGCACAACUUUAGGGAUUUUUCUAUUUAAGUCCAUAAAGCUAUGUGUAUUUUUUAUUAAUGUUAUACAUCUACUUCUAAAUGUCAUUUAAGGAUAUUACACAAGAUUUUUAGAUUUUCUUAAAUAUUAUUUAUUUUUUUCUUUAGGUUGUGUUUAGAAUUGUACACCUUUAAUUUCUUUGUCAUUUUUAAUGCUUCUGCUCAAUGGUUGUGACACUCAAACCUUAUUUUUAAAUAUUGUUUAAUUAUUUUAUACAUUUUUUGUUUUAAAAAGCUUCUUUAUUAGAAAAUGGCUAUUCUGUUGUUAGUGAAAAUAUAAAUUAUAUCCUUUGAAACAUGUUUUAAGAAGAGGAUAUUUGAGUUGAUACUUCUACAUCUUAUUCAAGUCCCAUACAAAAAAAAAUAUAUAUUCUGGUUCUCAGACAACUGAUGUGGGAAGGAGUAGACAGAUACCUCUCUAAGACACCAUUUUUCGUAGAUAAACAUAAGUUCAGCUAAAUGGAGAAAAUCUACUAUAUACAGGAGACAGAAGUUACCUGCAUCAAAUCUGUUUCCGAGAGGAUCUGUAUAUGCUAGGAGAAUCAGGAAAUGGAGAAAGAAAUACUCUGUCUUUAUUACCCCGGUUGGUUCAGAAAAGGAGGAGAUUUAACCCCCAUUUAAAUUUCAGUUUAUUACUAAAUGUACUAAUAAACACCUUUUUUGAUGACACAGAACCCAUGGUUUACCUGAAUCUGUGAGAAUCUUAUCUUUGUUUUAAAAACAAUAAUCCUGGUGUCAUGAUAACAAGUUUCUAAAACAGAUAUAAUAAUACAUAUCAUUUAAUAGGUUUCUCUACAAAAGACCAAAUUCAUAAAUUAUUAUGCCGUCUUUUGUAUAAAGUCAAUAUUUUUUGUACAUUAUUAUAUGGCUAGAUAUAUAUAAUUAAAUAUAUAAAA